CAUGGAGCGACCACCAUGGAGCAGUCGGUUGAAGACUCUGUCUAAGAAGCUUUUGGAAAUAGAGAGGGAGAUACAUCUUCUGGAGCCACGGUCACAUGAGGAAGGCAAGAGUUCAUCAAGUGGUGUUUCUAAUUUUCCUUUAUCAGGCGGCCUAGGCGAGUCAUCUUCAUGAGAUGUGCAGGCGUUCAAUGAAGACGAAUACCUGGAGCUACCACCAAGGAAGAGUAGCUCGAAGACUCUUUCAAACUUGAAGAAGAGGGUUUCUGAAUUAGAGAAGGAUAUGUCUGUAAUGAAGAGGCGAAAGCUCUCGAAGAGGUUUUGGUCAGAUAUUGGUAAAGUAUCGUUGCAGAUUUUUGAAUUGGAAUCCGAGAGCCAGGAGUUGUCUCAUAAGGAUGGCUGGGGUGUUUCUAAUUUGCCGUCAUCAGAGGGGGAUAUGCUUGAGUUUGAUGAAAUACGAUCUGCCCCGACCCAGGCUGCUGGUGAUGUGGAGGUAUGUGAUGAGGAGAAGAGUGAAUCCCCCAGGGCGAUGCUGGCAUCUGAGGUUUCUGAUGAUGAAACCCGAUCCUCCCCGACCCAGGCUGCUUGUGAUAUGGAGAUAGGUGAUGAGGAGAAGGAGAAGAGUGAAUCCCCAUCUGACCUGGAGAGCUUGAGCAGUUGUGGCUCUGAGUUCGAGUAUACUCUAACUGAGGAGGAGGAGGGGACUCCUGUUAGGGAGAAUGAAUUUGAAGGCUAUGCACGUGCAAAAAAGGUACAUCACUGUUUGGAGCAUAUAUACGCAGGUAUGAAGAGAUUUGCUAAUCACAGUACCAAAGGUCGUGCCUUAUUCCACGCUCUGAUUUCUGCAGCCGCCAUAGUUGGCCUACUUUUUGAUAAGGAGGAUUACUACUGUUUUGGUAUGUCUGCUGAGAUGACUGAGCAAUUGAAUGACUUGUGGAAUGAAAUACUUGAUAAGACAAAAGAGGUUUUUGAUAAGACAAAAGGGGGUUCUUCAUUUCUUCCAUUCUUCAAUUUGAUUGCUGAUGGAAAAAUUGACUUUGAAAAGUAUCCUUUAGUGGGGGAGUACGAUGUUGCUUAUAUGCUUGGGAGAUUUUGGAUCGAGGCCUCAUGCACAGUGCCAUUUCAUAACCAAUGCCCGGUCAACAAUUGUAUGAUGAAGGAGAAGGUGAAGGUUUACUCUUAUAUAGCAGAUACAAUCGGCCGUGCCAUGGAAAAUAAGUCGAUACCGGUGGUUGAUUUUAGAAAAUUACUUCCCAACGUUCUGGAUGGUGGCACUAUUACCACACAGGAAAUGUGCCUUAUUGAUAUUUCAGACAAAAUUGUCACGGACGCGCUCCAUGAAAUCGAAGCAAUCGAGCUGUCAGAAUUCUUUUGUAACUAUGCAAUUGAGUCGUCCAAAGAAGAUCUUCUUUCUCUUGUAAAGAGACUUGUUUGGGAUGAGGUUAUCAGCAAAAGACGCUUGAAGAAGUGGAAUGUCUGAUCAAACUAGCUGAAUGUUGCCGUAAAGCCGAAAGUACCCGUUUUAUCAGAAGAGAGCACUUUGUUUGGGCAUUUCAGGAAAAAAAAUUUGUUCUUCCUUCGUGGAUGAAGCUCGAGGAAGGAUCAAGCAAAGCUGAUGGUGCCAAUCCUCCUUAUCACAUAUAUGCAACUUCUAUCAUGUUGGCGAAGUAUCUAGGGGAUAAGUGUGUUGAAGUAGAACAUUUGGCUUAUGCAUCCAUUUUCGGGAAGCAUAUGGAAUUCGAAUCGGAACAGGUAUCAUUAUUAGCUUGAACUGUAUUGAAAAAGGUUGUUCCCCCUUUUAUCAUUGAAGCGACCCAAAUUUCUUUUGAAUAUGUAGGUUACGUCUUUCAGCUAACUUUAUUUUCAUUACCUUACUUUAUAAGUAAUUUCUUCGGGAUGUGUAGACUUGUUUCUCUGAUUACUUUCUGAUUUGUGUUAGUUCUCUUUUUGUUUCUAGUGUAAGUUAUUGGCCAAACAUUAUAAGGAAAUUUGCAGCAAGGGCUUUGAAAGAGCGGAUAAUGCAUAUCCUUUGUAAUCAAUUCCCUCUUUCUCUUGCAAGUUGCAAAUGUACAAAGUGUCUACGAAGAUUCAAGUUGUCAACAAGUUCUGAAAGUUUAGCUUCAUCUAUUUAGGUUAGUUUGAAGAUAUUUAUCAGGAUUAAAAGUUAAUACUCAAA